AUGGCACCUUGCCGUGGCGGCUAUCUCCACUGGUUGGUUCUGUUCUUUAUGAGCUGGUGUAUUUGGGAGGUCCAGGCCAAGCAGUUUGAGCCCACACACAGCAGCCAGGCUGCCCCCCUCCGGCACCUCCUGACCGUCUCUGCGGGCAACAUCACCAUCCAAUCAGCAGAGGCAAUACUGCGUGGCUACGGCAUCGACACGUUUGGGCCCAUCGUCUACAUGGCCAAGACCCCCACCUGCCCCCUCGACCCCCUCCCCGCCAGCGCCCGGGCGCAGCUCUUCACCUUCUGCCAGACAAAUGCCGCAGUGCGCAAAUGCCGCAAGAAGGAGCGCCGUGACAGAGGCUCCUUAGGCCUGCGGCCCCCGCUGUUCCACAUGGCCUGUCGAAACCAGACCUGCCUGGAGACCCUGACGGUUGGCGCCACAUCCUGCGUGCUGAGGCGGACGCUGGACUUGCCGGCGACUCAGACUGUCAACACAUCGUGCAGGCUGACUCUGCCCGACACAAUGGACUCCUCCCAGCCCUUCACGCCCGUCUUCCUGCAGCCGGUCGGGGAGCGAUCAGUCUUUGACUGCAUCCUGGGGCUCCCAGUCGGCUCCAACCUGUCCAACAGGCUGUCCUGCAAUGGUGGGUUCUUCAGGGCGGAGUCAAGGUUUCAUUUAGGGGGGGAGGCCUUUUUGCCGCCAGAGGCCGAUUUUCGAUGCACGUGGGAUGGACGGUGCCGAGAGGACAAGGGAUGUUGCGCGGGGGACGCGCUGUUUGAAGGGGAAUUCAUUUGUUACCUGCCGGAGGGCGCCGUGGCGCCAUCGAUGGGAUCUGGGGCGGGCCGGCAACUCCUAAGGGUUGCUGCGCUGCUGGCAUGCCUCUUGGCUAUUUUGUUGGCCCUGUCGUAG